AUGUCAAGUAUGUCACAUGUUGUAUAUAUCAACUUGUUACUUACAAAUGGAAAGCACUUAUGUGAUGUUACAAACAUUAUCAGUGAUAAAUAUUUAGUCAAUGGACAUAUGACAGGCAUAAUUAUUCUUACAUUAUCUACUCUCAUAGAAUUAUUUCUUUCCUUUCCAAUAACAUAUCUCAAACCAUCACAAAUGUCGUCACUAAACAAUCUGGAGAAAAUUCGAUUUAAAGUAAUCCUACAAAUGGCAAUUUUCAGAGUUAUUAGCAUCAAUUAA